CAAUGGCGAGCGCUGUGUAGGACGGCAUUGUGAAGAGCCAGAGAUUUUAGCGGGCACCAGUCGGCGUUUGACUUGAUCUUUAUGUUCCUCUCAUAACGUCAAAGGGACAUCCGAAACGACGAAAGCUCCUACGCUGUUUGAAUUGGUAAUUUCUGUUGCCUGAUAUUGUUGACAGACACCAUGACUGACAGAAAGGCUGUGAUCAAGAAUGCUGACAUGUCUGAGGACAUGCAGCAGGAUGCAGUGGACUGUGCCACGCAGGCCAUGGAGAAAUACAACAUCGAGAAGGACAUUGCCGCAUACAUCAAAAAGGAGUUCGACAAGAAAUACAAUCCUACGUGGCACUGCAUUGUGGGAAGGAACUUCGGCAGCUACGUGACUCAUGAGACGAAACACUUCAUCUACUUCUACUUGGGGCAGGUGGCCAUUCUCCUGUUCAAGUCUGGCUGAUUCAAGAUCAGACUGUAGAAUGUAUUUCCAACGAAGACUGUGAUGCACUGGUGGCUGAUGUCGUAUCUACCCACACACUAUGAAUAUAAAAACAAGACCAUACCAUGACUAGGCUGGCUGUGCACAACUGCAUGGAUCAUUCCCCAUACUACUUGUGUACAUGUUGCAGUUCAAUUGCUUUUCAUUAGAGGCCCCUUGUUAAUUGGCAAAGUUGUGUUAAUGGUUCUUGCAGGUUUUUCCUUGCACAUAUGUAGUAUAAUUAAAACGGAACAAAAAGUGUAAUAAAAGCGAGAAAAUCUAUUGACCAGCACACAUGUCUGCUGUAAAUAGAUAUGUUUUUGGUGACCUAGUGCUGUAACAAUUUGAUUCCUAUGCGCUGUAUGUCAUUUUGGGGUGUUGGGGCAGAGAGUACAAGCACACUUGGUUGUAUAGAGGCUAGCCUGUAAAUAAUGUGUUCUUUUGCUUAACCUCUUGUCUCUUUUUCUUUUGUUUGAUACUGGUGAGGUACUGCAUUUGAAAAAAACCCAUAUUAAUAUUCCUGACUAUUUGAAAUGUCUACCUGAAUACUCAAUGGACUAGAUGUAUGUAAUGGAGAUGCACACUAAAUAUUAAAGUUUAAGAGCAAAGACUAACUCAUUUUACAACAGAUUGUAGUAGUUUGUUGUCAAGUCCCUUAUGUCUGCAGAACAGUUUUCUGAAUGUAUUAAUUAGAUAAAGUUGCACAAAUGUUUUGAGCGUCUUCCUGUCUUCUGUUCUGCUAUUUAACUUCAUAUAAAAAUUUCUUUGCAUGUUAUUUUUCUUCCAUUUUUAAAGUUUUGUUCAGUGACUGUCUACACAAACAUUUGUAUAGUUUGCACAUAGCACAUGCCUUUGCUUUGGACUGUACACUUACGCUUCGUGGACUGUACCCACUCAGGUACCACCCAUGACGAAACAAGGCCUGUCAAUUCAUUAAAAUGUGUGAUCAAAACAAAAGAUUCUGCUUUGUCCUCU